AUGUCGUUGCACUCCUGAGAGCAAGAUGGGUCACCAGCAGCUGUACUGGAGCCACCCGCGAAAAUCCGGCCAGGGUUCUCACUCUUGUCGAAUCUGUUCAAACUGGCACAGUCUGAUCUGGAAAUAUGACCUCAAUAUGUGCUGCCGGUGUUUCCAUCAGUAUGCAAAGGAUAUCAGUUUCAUUAAGUUGGACUAAAUGAUCUUCCUUCAAAGGAUUAUCCAAGACAUCUACCAUGAAAAACCAUGAUAGUUCUUUGUACAUAAAAUAAACAUCUUUAAAAAC